AGCUGGUGAAUGUAGUUGGGUUGUCGUGGUUUGAUUUGUUUUAAAUCGACCUCGUAAAUAUACGACUAGUCCUCAGACGACUAUAUGUGUGCGAGUUGGAUUGUUAGAUUUUUCUGCAGUUCAUUUUGUGUCGGCAUUACGAUACGCAAUACAAAAGGAUUUGUUCACUCUUGACAUUUGGGUAUUGUCAAUCAGUUACAUUGCGUGCGAUUUAACUCGAUUAGAUACAAUUACCUGUAGUCGAGCAAUUGAUCUCAUAAAUUCAUGUGUAGCCUUCAUUGUGUUGUAUUUAUUAAUUAGACGGGAUUUGCGUUUUUCUUUUCGACGAGUCUUAAAGAGGACAAUUGAUUUAAUUUCAUGACAUUAAUCUUAGAUUAUCUAUGAGGUACGUGAUAAGUUCAUUAAACUACAUCCAAGUUAUUGGUUUCAAUUAGAUUCUAUGGUACAUAUAAUUAAUAUAACUAAAUUACUUGAUACAUGCCGAGUCUGGUGAUUAGAAUGUACAAUAUCGUUAACAUUAGCAACGAUACAUGGUUAUGAUCUGUAACGUUGGAGAUAAAUAGAUAAACGCCGAUUAAAGUAUGUAUUUUUGUUAAGUGGUAGAUUGUUCAGAUUUCUUCACUAAAUACAAAUUAACGAAAGUAAGCAGGUUAUACUGUAUUUAGUAAAUUACCAUAGAGUACACCUGUAAAAUACAUUUGAGGUUAUAUCUAUAAUGAUUACUUGGUUACGUGAUCAACUAUGAGGCAUGAUUAGAUCAAAUCUGUGCUAAACUAACUCAAAAGUACAUUUACUUGAGUGAGCUCUCAACCACCUUUGAGCCAAUUUGGACCGAGGUUUGUGUGCAUUUAAUAAUUUUUCUAAUUAAAAACAAUGCCUUCCCAAUGCACAUCCGCUUUAAUUUAUGUUUAUGGGCUCUCAUCUGGAUUAAGAACAUAAAGUCCUCGACGUAAUACACACUUUGCUGUUUUAACCUACACGAUUUAAUUAAAUUGUGUAGCACGUGCUGCAUAAGCAUACACGUUUAAAUAUAUACUGUAGUUUUACCGAUAUAGUUUUGUACUCAAUUUAUUUUCAGAAAUUAUUGUUAUAGAUCACCCAGUUAAACAUUGGGUUGCAUUUGUUCGUAAGCUUGGUGAAUGGGGUCAGUUGUGAGCCGGGCUUAUGAGGCCCUGGUGGGAUACAUCUUGGGUGCUCGGCGAAAUGUACUUGCGGUGGAGUGGUCAGAUCAUGCCUCUUCCGAGGCAGUGAACUCCGUGGAUGACACAGACGCAGAGCACAGACUCCUUGACCCCGCAAAGGUUUCCUCGCGCCUUCGGCUGGGUCGUGAGUUUGUGCCAGUCGAAGGGCCAGAUCCAUCUCCUCCCACGCCCUCUUUCCGCAUCAUGCAGUGGAACGUCCUCGCCCAAGCCCUUGGGGAGGGCAAAGACAACUUUGUGUGCUGUCGACCUGCUGACCUGACAUGGGCCGCCCGGUGGCCACUUAUCCUGGAUGAAAUCGUAUCUUAUCAGCCCGACCUUAUCUGCUUGCAGGAAGUGGACCGGUAUCACGAUGCUUUCAGCCCUGCGCUGAAUCAGCUUGGGUACGGAGGUGCGUUUGUGCCCAAGCGCCAUUCUCCAUGCCUGGACGUCCAGCCCAACUAUGGCCCCGAUGGCUGUGCAAUUUUCUAUCGCAAGGAGCGAUUUGAGCUCCUGAGUGGAUACGCAAUCGGUCUGCGUGCUGAGCCCAUCCCCUACCCAACCCACCAGGUUUUGUUGGUGUUGAAGCUCUGUUACGUUGACACGGGACAUAGCCUGACAGUGGCGUGUACCCACCUGAAGGCACGGCAGGGCUGGGAGCGUCUGCGUGCCGCGCAGGCAAAACACUUGCUCAGCUGCUUGGACGGCGACCGAGAAGCUCGUGAAGGUCCCCUCAUCGUGUGUGGGGAUUUGAAUGCCAAACCUGCAGAGACUGUUCAUCAGCUAUUUUCUGCUUCAGCCCUGGGCCUCGGCAGUGCUUACAGGAAGUUGAGCGAGGACGGAGAGACGGAACCACCCUUCACUACAUGGACGGUACGUGCCGGUGGGGAGACUCAAGCCACCUUGGAUUAUAUAUGGUACUCCCAGAAUGCUCUGCGUGUGGAGCGGCUGCUGAAUCUUCCAUCUGAGCGGGACAUUGGCUCUGGGCGGCUGCCUUCGUCCACAUACCCGUCCGACCACCUCUCCUUGGUGUGCGACUUCAGCUUCGUCGGAGAUACGCGUGCUACGUGACUUCCUCCCAUCAUGGGCCAUAGACAGACUGGUUGUACCAUGCUUUGACAAGGGAACUAUUUCCUGAAGGGGUCUAUUGCUUGUGCCUGUUCAUUUUUUGGCCAUGCUGAGGAUUUGCCAUUGAUGUCAAAAAGGAAGUUGUUGAAUGACAAAAUCCCAGGUUUUUUUUGGGUCGUUGCAUACAAAAUAGACCAUGGAAUAAUAUGCAAUAGGUCACAAAUUUCACGAAGGAAAUAAUGGUACUUAUAUUGACUUGUUUGCAGAAGAUCAGGUGUUUGGGUCUGUGCUUAACUGCAUUGCAACUGCUAAUACAAUGGGCUGGUAGAUUACUUGAUGGGAUUUAUUUACUUUCAGAUGCCAGGUACUAGACUUCAUAGUGACAAUGGCGUAAUUAAUUAAUUGAAUUGCAUAAUAACUUUUCAUGAAACUGCUGUACGGCCAUUUCGCUAGACCAUCAACAUUAAUCAAUAACCUUGCCUUUAAAGGGAAACAUGUAUUCGGUGAAACUUCAGGCAAUGCCCCUUCACAGCAGUGUGAUUGAUUAAUGUGUUGUGUUUAUUAUUUGUGCUUGUGCACCACAAUGCAGUGUCACAGUUUAUAUUUUGCGUUACCUUUCACAACCAAUCAAAAUAUUUAAAAGCAGUUCUGGAGCUACACUUUGCCCUCGUGUGCUUCUAUUAGCACGAAAUAUCUUGAUUUUAUAAGAGUAUAGUACUUGAACAAUAGAAAUGUCAUUUUUGUCAAAUGCUGCUGCCAUUUUAUUGAAAAUAAUGCUUCAUCUCAAUGCAAAGAUAUUUUUUUUUCUGAAUGAAAUGCUGCUGUUGCACUGUCAAUAUGUGGACAUUAAAUUAAAAUUGUUUGCCUUGGUUA